AUGAGCCAGUUCCACAUCCCCCAAAACCCGUUGUGCACUCCAAAUGACCCCGUCCACAGCGACAGUCUCACUGAACCCCCCAUCCUACUAGAGAAAUCCACGUCCACAGACGACGAAGAGGUGCACCGUCAACUGGAACAGGAGAUACGUCAAAAGCUCGAGUACGAGAUCCGCAAGCAGUUGCAGCGAGAGUUCGAGCUCAAACAGCAAGCUCAGAACCAUAAACCGGACCUCACGCCCCUCCUGGGAUCGCCGAUACCGCCGCAGAACGAAAACAGGAACAGCAUCUACGCUGCUGCCAAAGAAGAACCUGACGUGACCAGCACAUUUGUGACAGCACAAAAACUGCUCUUCAACGACACGGUUGCGUCGACAGCCGUCACGUCGAUCGACUGGUCGCCGCAUUAUCCUGAACUAAUCGCUGCAGCAUACACUGGCGCACACACACCGUGCUCUAUCCUCGUUUGGAACACUCACACCCUUGCACCGGAAUUCAGUCUCCAAACGUACACAGACAUCGUCGUGGUGAAGUUUGUCAAGUCGCGCUCAAACCAGCUGCUUGCCGGCGGCAUCGACGGCAGGCUGUACCUGUACGAGUUUGACUCUGCUACCAAAUAUCCAGUUACAUCUACAGCUAGCUCUGGCAAGUACCCUGUGGUUGCCAUUUUAGAGACCUCGAAUUCGGUGGUGAGCGUUUCGUCCGACGGCGCAGUUUCUGUUCACUCGAAGAACCUCAUGACGGCCAUUUCACGCUCCCGGCUCGCGCUGGGCCAGAAAUUCCACAUUACAGCGUGCUCCAUCAAACAGAACCAUCUGCUGCUGGGCCUUUCCACGGGCAAGGUGUACAGAGUCGAGCUGGGGUCGCUGGACGAUCCAGCCGCGCUGCAGCUGCUGUCUGCGACGGCGUAUCCGCUGCCGGUGGUGUGCAUUGACCAUAACGCGAAAACGGCCGUUUCAUGCGCGUUAGACUACAAAGUGAAGGUUUUCGAGAACGACGAGCUUCACACAAUUAACACCUCUAACCUCGUGGCCGAUAUCAGUCUGGACCGCGAGUCGCAGACGUUUGUCACGGUGGGGCCCGACGGGGCGGUCGAAUUCUGGAAUUUGGACGAAAACAGACACGCGAGUCUGGGCUCCAUGAAUCUGGGCGUGCCCCUCAACAGGGUAGAAUGGAGUCCCGACGGGCGUGUUUUCGCUUGCGCCGCGGCAGAUGGCCACGUCUACCUAGAAAUUCUGUAGUUAGCAAUAAUGUAUUCGUUACACAGCGAGUCCUGCGCGCGCAGAUAUACCGAUCUCGCCAAACAGCCUUUCCUGGCUCAGCUCGACCGAGUCACCGGUAGCAAGCACCAGCAGCUCGAAAAACGUCCGUGUGGUCUCUCUCUUCGGGUUGCGCGACAGCGGCUCGGCUGAGUCCAUGUCACGGGCCACCAGCUCGCUGAACGUGGUUGCCGGCUUGUCUGCCAGCAGCCCGCGCAACUCCUGGGCGACUUUCGCGGUUGCACGUGACACUGUUUGCGAGUCGCUGACAUUGUUUGUUUGGAACGACUCGAGCUCCUGGUCGAGCUCCGGCAGGUCCUGUGGCACAGCGGGCUCAACCACCUCCUCGAACGCCGCAUCUUCGGUCCCAACAUCGAACGAGGGCAGCUGCAGACUGACUUCAUUUUCCGGGGCCGGCUCGACUUGUUCUGUCUCGUCUGUCCUUCUCCUCUUGAUAACAGGCAUUUCGAGCGCACCAAAAGUGAGACACCGCGGUUUUGCAAGUUCGAUCACGUUUUCCAGAUCUCCGGCCCGCUCCUCUGCCACCGGCGGCGCAGGGUAGUUGGCCUGGUACUCGCGGAUCAGCUCGCCCGGUAUCUCAAUUUGCUCGUCCAUGAUCACACGCUUGCGCGACGUGCGCACCACGUCCACGUUCUCAAACACAGGCGCGCGUCUCGUACGCUUGUCGGAAAUUAGAUCGAUUUGGAUUUCUGGCCCCAGCGGGUCGCCAUGGCCAGGGGUGGCCGGCUCGUUUUCAUCGAUCUCGAGAACAGGCUCGUGGAAGUCCGGCAGUUCGAAGUCAGGGACGUCGUUCAUUUGCUGCGACGCGUUGGCCUCGUCGUCGGCUCUACCCAGCUCGACUGACGCGUCGCGGUCGACGUCCAUGGCGUCGCCAAGGUCGAAAUCGAGGUUCAGCUCGAGAUCGUCCUGGACGCCGUCGAGCUCAUCGACCUCGGCGCGUCGCGGAACUUCCACCGAACGGUCGAAAGUGGUCGACUCCUCGGGCAGCUGCGUCGGCUGCGUCGAUCGCUGAGUGUUGAAUAUAUCGUCAAAAUUCAGCGGCUCCUGGUACAGCAGGUCGGUCUCGGUGACGGUAUCCUGCAACGUCACGGCACGCAUCGACGGCAGGACGGUCGAUUCGGCCGGCAGGAUCACCGACUGCGACGCCCUGAACGACGACUUGAGCUUUAGAAUCGCGUCUGUCACGUCGUCUAGCAAAUACUUAGCCUUGCGGGAAUAGAUUCGCACCACUCCGUACAACAAUUGGCCCGUCAAGCGCAGCGCCAGUGGCUCUGUGGACACACUGCUGCUAGACACAAUCGCCCUAGUGCUCUCGGAGAUAUCUGUAUUGAGCAGCUGGUGUUUGGUGAGCUUCUUCUCGAGGUUCGCUGCCAGCCACACGUAGGCCAGCGGACCCUCGCGAGAAAGCAGCUGUUCAGAGUAAAACAUGCAAAGAAGAGCAAUGAGAAAUGAGAAAUGUUGAGGAAUGUUUUUUUUCCAUGCAAUCUUGGAACGCGUUGGUCGCGAAUGUAAAUAAAAAAUUAUUUCGCGAUAUUCCAGCUUGGGAGCCAAUUCAGGUAAGCGUAAUCCGACGCCCUGCCGGACAUGCCCAGACACAACGGGCUAAAGUACCAGAAUAGGUACCCGACAAGAGCGUAAAGAAUGCUGUAGAUCACAUAUCUGAUUCGCAAUGAGCCCGUAACGUACUCUACCACAAACCCGGCCACGUACAUGGCAAAAUACAGAGCAGGCAUGUAGUGAUGCACGUAGGUGACGCGGCCCAUCACGAUGAACGGCAAAUAGUGCAACAGCCAGCCAACAAACGGCACCAGACCACAUAUCGUGAAUUUCCAGAGCUGGUCUGCAGUAACCACCAGUUGUUGUCGCUGCCACAGCAGCAGCAGUCGCACCACCAGCAACACAAACCCGCCCAGACAUGCCGUGGAAAACCACGUCGUGAACGGGUGGCUCAGCAGGUAGUACUUGGUCAGGUGUGGUCCCCACGAACACAUGCGCAGUCCCACGAGCGCAAACGGCCACUGCCACCAGAACGACGCGAUUUCGUCGUGUUUGUGCACGUCGGGCACGAGCGCGUUGUUCGACGCAAGCAUGCCGUGCUGCACCAUGAAAAAGUCCACCAGAAAGCGCGGGCUCGGAUACACGUAGUCGCUUUCAACGGCCAGAUCGUCGUUCUCGUGCAUCUCGAUGUUCCACAACGUCGAUCUGUCAAACGGCAGCCUGGUGUCCGGACGACACACCACCUCGCCCUGCUUGAAGCCCCACGUUGGGUACGACUCUCCUGUUGUGGCUAGGUAGCAGCCCAGCACUUUGUGGCGCAGCUUGAAGGUUGUAGUGAGCGGGUGAACCGCGUUAUAAAACUCUGGGCCAUUUUCGGUGGCCGCGUAGCUUUUAUUUCCAGAGUGCAGUUGCUCGACAAUUUCCACCACCCAAUCGUCCUUGGCGUCGCCGACAGUCUCGUCGCCGUACCCGCUCACCUCCCAGUACCUCUCAGAGACGUGUGCAUGGAUGGCAUGCGAGUGGAGGUUGGCCUUGGUGAGCUCGUGCUGCAGCCUGAUGGCGUCUCCGUUCUGGAUGAACGGGCCGUAAUUGCGCUGUGUUCUUGCCGGCCGCACGAUAAAGUUGUUAUUCGCGUCCUUGAACCCGUACGUCGUCACCUGGUGCUGCUCGGAGCCGGCAGGAUACUUGGACGGGUGCGAAUGGAGUAAAUUAGGCGACUUGCCUUGAGAACGGAUGGUGAUCUUUGAAUCAAUUACCAAAUUUCGUGGAUAGUUCCCCACGUCGGUGUCCUGCAUGCUGGCCUGGUAGAGUGAUGACAGCGAGCCGGUACCUGAACCCGGUUUGUACAGCAGGGCAAAGUGGAUCUUGAAGAAAAUUAGAUACACCAGAAACGGGAGCAUAAUCAGGCCCACGAUUCUGUAGAUCCAGCUUUUUGCGUAUCUGUGCAAUUUGAACUUUGGGCUCCAAAACUUCAGCCACAGUUCCAGAACCGUGUACAGUCCCACCAAGGCCGUCACAAACAGACCCACCCAUUUCACGGAGCACACACAUCCAAUGGAGACUCCGGUAAUACAGAGCCAGCCAACCCAUUGAGCGGAAAACUCCCUGUUUCGCAAGUUGUGCAGCUUUGCAAGACAGUACAGCGUAGUGGCCGUAAAAAAGAGCAGCGACGAGUCCAGCAGAAUAAAUUUGCUCAGGGAAAUGUACGACAGUUCCAAACAGCACAUCAACGAGAUAAGAUACGUUGUCAGUAGCGAAUAACCCAUUUCCUUGCACGUAAAGUAGCAAACAGGCACCACCAGACUGCCAAACCACGAGCCAUACCAUCUUACCCGCGCAUAAUCGAAUGCAACAGGGUACCUGCUACCGCUCUCGAAAUUGAAAUUUUCAAUAGUUCCAUUAAAGCCGGCAAGAUAUUCGCUAAGUCCGCAAAGCAUUUUGCCCAAAGGAGGAUGCACGUCGUGGUAGUAUUCAUGUUUGAGAUACUGCGAGCCGAACUUGCCAAAAUGUGCCUCGUCCCAGACCACGUUGGGGUUUUUCUCGAGACCAUACAAUCGCAGAUAGGCCCCCAGCAUGGUGAGGAGAGUGGGCCCAACGACAGACUCCAGCGCCGCCCAGAACGUCCAAACACCGGUGUUCUGCGCAAUGUGUUUGGACUUCUCCAAUUCCUCGAGAGGCUUGCUGGACACAGUCUCUUCCGGAAGC